AUGUAGAAAAUAAUACUUUCGAGUUUAUGGGUGCUUAGUUUAAUACUUGUAGAUUAUUUCUAUGGGGAAACAACAUUUGAGAUAAGUGAUUCAAUUACAGAGUAUCUGCAAUCCUUGUUUGAUUAUGGGAAUGAGAAUGGAUUAGUAGAAAGUUUUCUGUUAAUCUUUUAUGUAUUUGGGGGAAGAUAAUUUAUGGGAAUGGUGUUCAUAAUUCUUUGGUUGAAAUCAGGAUUGAAGGAGUAGAUUUUAAAAUUAAUUACAAUGUAUUCGAUUACUUCAUUUCUUGGCCAUUUUAUUAAAAUGAUCUUAGCAUAGCCAAGACCCUUUUAUGAAGAAUCAGAUGUUCGACUAGAUUUUUGUAAAAAGGGUUAUGGAGACCCAAGUGAUAAUGCUUUAAGGUCUAUUGUGUUUUAUGUAAUUUUAUCAGAAACUUUAUUAUUUAAAAAAUAUAAGGUUUAAGCAAGUGAUUUAGGUGUUCUUAGUUCAAUUAACUAAGAUAAAAAACUUUAAUAUCAUUCUAAAUAAUUAUCAAAUGAUGAUCUUUACUCAUAACUCUAUCCAAAUACAAUGCUUAGUUAUAAUCAAUAUAAAUUUAUGUUGGCUACUUUUUUAUUCAUUACCGGUAUUUCCAAUUCUUAUUUUGGUUUGAAUUAUCUAAAUUAAGUAAUAAUGGGAUGGAUUAUUGGUGGAUAUGUGCUCUACCUCUAUUAUUUUUGUGAUCUUGAGAAAUAAUUAGAGAGUUUAUUUAUAUAAGCAAUCUAUAAUCAGUCUGAUUAACUAAAUAACAAACUUCGUCAUGUGGGAAGAUUGGCUAUUUUCACUGUGUUUCCAAUGUUAAUUUCAAUAUUACUCUAUUUACUUAGAACUAAUAAUGUAGAGCUCAUUUAGCAAUAAGAAGAAUGGGGUUUAUAUUUUUAAAGUCAUUAAAAAUGUGAAAAUUAAUUGGAUCGUUUCAAUAGGUCGUUUGAAAAUUAGGAGAUAGUUGGGGCUUGUGUCAUCUUUUUGCCCUUUUAUCUUUAUUUAUGCUGUUAUUUUACCCCUGGCCAAUAUAAGCCUGAUUUAUACAACCAUUAAACUCUUACUCUGAAAGGUGUAGUUAGGGUUUUGAUACUUGUUGGUUUACUUAUUUCUCAAGUGUUCAUUCAUAUUUUCACAAGAAAAGUCGUAAUGAGCAAUAGUUUAGAUAUCAAUGUAGCCUACUUAAUAGUAGGUUAAUUAUUCUUAGAACUGUAUUUCUCAUUAUUGUUGAUUACAAUAUUGCCUUUGCUCUAUAAAUUCUGUAAAGCUGAUAUCGAUGGGGAUUUUUUAAGAAGAAUCAACUAAAUUGAAAUACAAGAAAUGGAGUUGUGA